GGGCUGUGCAGGCGCUGCGCGGGCUCCCCCUGUCGGUGCGGCGGGACGGGCGCAUGGCGGAGCGCGGCGCUCACCUCACGGCCGCCCCGGCCCACGACGGGCGCCCCUCGGCGUUCGAGGCGGUGGCCCAGGACAGCCUCACGGCCGCGCUGAAACCUGCGCUGCGGCACCUGCUCCGCGUGCUGGCUGAGUCUAACCCUGGCCGGUACGGCUCCCUGUGGCACUGGUUCGAUGAGGCCUACGUCCUUCUGGAUCUGCUGCUCCAGCACCACUACCUGGGCAGCUGCAGUGCUUCCUUCUCCGAGAACUUCUACAGCCUGAAGCGGGUUCCCACAGCGGAGCGUGGGCCGCACGCCCUGGCCACCGCCGGCCUGCCCAGGAGGCACCACUGCAAGUCUCUCCUCUUGCUGGUUCUCGUUCCUUACCUAAAGGGAAAGCUGGAGAAACUGGUGUCCAGCCUGAGGGAGGAGGAUGAGUACUCCAUCCACCCUCCGUCAUCGUCUUGGAAGCGCUUUUACAGAGCCUUUCUAGCUGCCUACCCCUUUGUCAACAUGGCCUGGGAGGGCUGGUUUCUUAUCCAGCAGCUGUGCUACAUCCUGGGGAAGGCGCAGCACCACUCGCCCAUGCUGCGGCUCGCUGGCGUCCGCCUGGUCAGGCUGACAGCAGAGGACAUCCAGGCCCUGGAGAAGAAAGUGGGAGCCACCUCGAGUCAAACACAUGGCAUUAAAACACAAGUGCAGUCAGCAGUAAGGAAAGCAUUGGGUGGCAUCGCCUUUUCCCUGUCCACCGGGCUGUCCGUCAGUGUUUUCUUCCUCCAGUUCCUGGACUGGUGGUACUCCUCAGAAAACCAGGAGACAAUCAAAUCUCUGACAGCGCUCCCAAUUCCUCCACCCCCCGUGCACCUCGACCACGAGGCUGACUCGGCUCUCUUACCCAAACUGAGGACCGUGUGCCCUCUGUGCCACAAAAUCCGUGUCAAUGCCACAGCCCUGUCUACCUCCGGCUUUGUCUUUUGCUACCGCUGUGUGUACAGUUAUGUGAAGACUCACCAGCGCUGCCCAAUCACCGGCUACGCCACGGAGCUGCAGCACCUUGUCAAACUCUACUCUCCCGAGAGCUGAAAGGCCAGCGCCAUGCUUUCAGAGACGUGGGCAGCCACAGCCCAAACUCACCCUAUCUCAUGUUCCAUAGAAGACUUUGAAGUCUUCUUCAUCAGUGAGUUCCUUUGAACUUGGUGCCUCAGAGCUUUUCUGCCUUUGUGAAUUCCAGUGAGGCUCUCCCCUUCGUCUGUUAGCUGUUCAAACCUCCUGUGAGCGCCCCAUAAGGAUCGGACAGCCACAGCCUAUCAGCCAGCAUGGAAAAGCCUUCAAAGACCAGCCGAAAGGAGAGGAACGUUCUUAUGGAUAAGGAGAAUGCAGAUGUGAGGAUCAAAGAGCAUCACUGGUAAAAGUCCUGCUGGAGGGCACAAGCCAGCAAAUGAAAGAGGUAGGGAAAAGUCUCCAGGCGAGUUAUUCCUCCCUGAGCAGCUUCCCAGGCGCUGCGGCUGCCUGGAGCGAGCUCUGGCACCAGCACUUGUCAAAGAGGUAGAGAUGGGCUUCAACUUCCCCUCUGAUCAUGCCCUGCUGGAGCCUCCCUGUGUUUCCAGGGUAGUCGCCUUUGAGUUAAGAAUAUUGCGCCUCUAAUUCCCCCAUCAACCGUUCUAAAUUAAGACUUUUGACUCUUUGAAGGAACAAGAGGUGAUGUGUACACACAAGGGAACAAGAGGGAGAUUACAUUUUCUGCACAAGGGAGAACAACGAAACAAAUGAAAGCAGCUGCUGUGCUAAGCGAUGAGAGUUGGGUUUUGUUAAAUCUGAAUUUGUUGUUAAAUCUUUGAAUCUGUUGUUAUCUGCUUUCAUAAAGCAAAAUUCUUUCUUGAUUGAGAACCUAACUUAAUUCUUAUACAGUUAUUGGAAAAACAGAGCUCCUCUGAAGAGGAGGAGACGGGGCUGAAGCUGCUUUCAUCUUUGCACUUGAUAACGGAUAUUAGGUUAGUAUUUUGUAGGCUUGGAAUCUUUCCUGUCUAUGUUUAAAGUAUUACAUUGCAAUUAUUCAUUCCCAACCACAUAGCACGUUCAUAUCAUAACAAAGCAUCCUUGUAUUGAACAGAGGAGAAAAGAAAGCGUGUGCCUGGUUCUUGCCGAGUCGGGAAAAAUCAGGUGCCAGCCAGGCUUGAGGGAGCAGCAGUUGGCUACUCCAGACAUCACGGUGACUUUGAUUAGAGAAGAUGAAAAGCAGAGUUUGCUGCACAAAGUACAUGUCUGUCCAGGUUAAGAGAUAUGUUCUAACAUUCGGUCCAGUGAACCACUCAUCUCUUUGUUCCCCUGCUUUAGCUCUGCUUCAGAAGAUAAAAAUCUCUCAUAUCCUCCCUCACCUGUAAGCAAGAUAGCAAGGUUAUUGAAUAACGUGGAAAAACACAGUAAUUUGCAUCCUCCCAAAGAUGCUCUGGAAAACACCUGAGAUUUGUCCCCAGUGCUUGUGCCUAUACAACUUCCAGGCCCUUCUACCCAUACCACCAUAGAAUACUAACAAAAACAAUCUAAUUUCUCCUGUUUCCAGUCGUUACAGGAUCCAUAAAGACACCUCUCUUCCUUUAAGCCACUAAGAGCACACACAUCUUACUGGAAAAUAAAUCACAUAAAGGUGUGAGACUUCCUGAGAUUUCAGUCACUUUAACACAGCUCUGGGCUGGAUAUGAACUCGCAUUGCUUGCUGCAUCAGGUUUGCUUUGUACAGAGAUCAUCAUCUCUCACAAACCAGUACCUGUGAGGCGCCGCCGCUGCCAGCACCUCUACCUCUCCUUCUCCCAGGAUUAAUCCCUCUUUCCUGUCAGGCCUGGCUGCCCUCUGCUCCCUCUCCCCACAUCUCACUUAGAUUUGGCCAUGGCCACAGCAG